AUGGCAGAUAGAUUUAAGGAUCAUUCUUUCGAAACGCCUAGUCCGAGAGCCAAGACGUCUCCUUGCCCAGCUCUAAACGCGCUACGCAACUAUGGAUUCAUACAUCGCGACGGAAAGCAGAUCCAUCUGUCUAGCCUGGUGAAGGCACUCCAGGAUGUGUACAACCUUUCGGAAGAGCUUGCUUACUUUCUUGCCGUCCCAGGCAUUCUCCUCUGCGGCCAUAUUGUAGGGCUUUACGUGGAUCUGGACAAGUUGGCACGUGUCAACAGGAUCGAGCACAGAUUUUCGCUAGUCCAUGCUGACGCCGGAGAAGGACAAGCAUAUGCACCCGUAGAAGUCGACGAAGAGCGUUACAACCAACUUAUGACAAUCAAUGGGACGGAGGAAGAGCAACCGUAUCUUUCUAUGGAGGACUUCAUACGGCACCGCAAUAACCUCAUGGGCAAAGAGAAUCUUGACAAAAUACAUGCUACCGUCGCAUCCGGUGAAAUCAUUAUGAUUAUGUGGAUGUUUGGAAAGGAUAUUACCGUGAAGGGUAAGCAUGGUACAGACAAGAAAAAGAAACUUGUCCUGAAGGCCGCUAUGAGGGCAUGGUUGCAUGAUGGAAAGUUUCCUGAAGGCUGGGAAACGCCUGAAAAACAGUUGACUCUAGGCGAACUCAACGGUUCACAAAAGGAAUAUAAGAAAGUUGUUGAUGAACUUUUGGCCGCGGCGCACAAUGAACGUGGGACGCUCGAGCAGAAGGAGGCUGAGAAGCUCAAGGGAAAACUGGAGGACUUGGUGAAGGGGGACAUUGAACAGCCUGUAGGACGGUGCCCCUUCCAUGCAUCUGUGUCGAAGCAUCAUUAG